AUGAUGUGUGCAAAAGAUAUUCUGCAAUGCACAUUGUUAAUUGUUUCUAUCCUUAUUUACAGUGAAGCAAUAGAUAUUCCAGAGAAGUUUCAGAAGUCCAAUCACACGAAUAAUUGGGCUGUUCUCGUAGACACAUCGCGAUUUUGGUUCAACUACAGGCAUGUCGCUAACGUACUAUCAAUAUACCGGAGUGUAAAGAGAUUAGGAAUUCCUGACAGCCAGAUAAUACUCAUGAUAUCAGAUGAUAUGGCCUGCAACCCUCGAAAUCCGCGGCCAGCCACAAUUUUCAAUAAUGCUCAUGAACAAAUCAAUGUAUAUGGUGAUGAUGUAGAAGUUGACUAUCGUGGAUAUGAGGUUUCUGUAGAAAAUUUUGUGAGAUUGCUAACUGGAAGGGUUCCACCAGACACCCCGAGAUCCAAGCGUCUCCUUACCGAUGAAGGUAGCAAUAUCUUGAUAUACUUAACUGGUCAUGGUGGUGAUGGUUUUCUGAAGUUCCAAGAUUCAGAAGAGAUAACUAGUCAGGAAUUAGCUGAUGCACUUGAACAAAUGUGGCAGAAAAGAAGAUAUAAUGAAAUAUUUUUUAUAAUAGACACCUGUCAGGCUUCUUCAAUGUAUGAAAAGUUCUAUUCACCAAAUAUUCUUGCCACAGCCAGCAGUUUAGUAGGAGAAGACUCUCUUUCUCAUCAUGUGGAUUCAGCAAUUGGUGUGUAUAUUAUAGACAGAUAUACAUAUUAUGUACUAGAGUUCCUGGAGAAUGUACAUCCUAACAGCAAGAAGAGUAUGUCAGAAUUUCUGGCUGUCUGUCCUAAACAUGCUUGCAUAUCUACUGUUGGUGUUAGAAGAGACUUAUUUAAGCGGGAUCCAAACAAAGUGCCGAUCACAGACUUUUUUGGAUCUGUCAGACCAGUCAUUAUAACCACAGAUUCUAUAGAUAUUAUUGAUAUACCAAAGAGGAAAAAUAAUGUAAACACCACACAAAUACCCGAGAAGCGAGCAUAUUUACCACAGUUUCCGGUUCAUUUAAUACAAAAUACAGUUUAG